AUGGGUGGGCACUCCGAUGCCGAGUGCUACCGGCAAGUUGGCAAGAAGGAAAGCCCCGCCGGAAAGAAGGGUCCAAUGGAAACCCCCGCCAGAAAGAAGGCCUCCCGCCCCCCUCUUGCUCCCUCCACCGGGGUCAGCUCGGCUGUGCGAGAUGGGGAUCUCAGUUCCGGUGAGCUAGUCUUCAUUGCCGCGUGGUUGGUCUCGUACCGCCGCACUGGCAGUGUAGCUCUAGCCGCCGGGGCUGCGUUGGAUCAUUGGGCUGAGAGCUCUGUUUUGCACAGCCGGGCCCCUCGUGUGGAGGAUGAAUCCACUCAGGAUGGCGGUGCUGCUGAGGAGGAGAAGAAGAAGGAGGAGGAGGAGGAGGAUGAAUGGGAGGACAUCGAUGAGUAG